GGAUAGCGUUGUUGUCGAUAGCAGACACGUGUUGUGAGCGAUCUUUGACACAAACUUUGACUAAAGCGGACGUACCAGCUAUAUGUGUUAGGCAGCGAUAGUUCAGCAUAUGGUGUUGUGAAGAAGAGAGACAAGUCUAUCAAAAAUCUGUAUAAACAAAUAUCGCCAAACAUGAAGCCAGAAAAUGAGCAUAACAGACUAAAGGCAGAAGAUAGUGGGGAAGAAGAAAAUGAAUCACCCGAUCAAAGAUAUGGAGACCGAGACGAUGAACUUUCUCCACGACCCCGACCCACACCAAAGCCUGGUCCUGGAGAACAUCCCUUACAGUUUAAUUACGCAGUGUGGUUCUCGCGAAAAGCACCAGGCAAGCAAUCAUCAGCCACAAGUUACAACCAGAAUCUCAAACUCGUCACAACAUUCGCUUCUGUGGAGCAGUGGUGGAACCACUACAGUCACUUAGUGCGACCUAGUGACCUCACUGGACACAGCGACUAUCACAUAUUUAAAGAAGGCAUCCGUCCAAUGUGGGAGGAUACAGCCAAUAAUAAGGGGGGUAAAUGGAUUGUACGAUUAAAAAAAGGCCUGGCGUCUCGGUGCUGGGAAAACUUAGUGCUGGCCAUGCUUGGGGAACAGUUUAUGGUCGGGGAAGAAAUCUGUGGAGCAGUCAUCUCUAUUAGAUACCAGGAAGAUAUUUUAGCAUUAUGGAAUCGUACGGCCAGUGACACAGUAACAACGUCGAGGAUCCGUGACACUCUCAAACGAGUCCUCAACCUUCCUCCCAACACAAUAAUGGAAUACAAGACGCAUAAUGACAGCAUGAAAGACAAUUCAAGUUUCAGAAAUACAGACAUUUUUAUGCGGUGACAGAAAGGAUGCAGCUUCUAACUGACUUUUAACAAAUUCUGUCAAAUAAUGGGUAGCGUCGUCGUCUCAAAGUGAUCGUCCUCAUGGCUGUAGGACUUCUUACAGACACAAAGUCACAACAUCAGUUACCCUGGCAACUCGACGCACAUUUCCCGGCAAUUCAUAUAUUUCCAGUAUGUCUAACACGCAGCAUAAUUUGUUUUGCAUCUGUGGAGAUGGAGUGUACAUGUUGAUUGUGUAAAACAGAGAUCGUGUGACGUGUCCGAAUGUUGACACGAAAUAACUAGGUGAAAUAAUGGGUAUUUAUUAAUACCAACAGAGGACCUGAACUGAAAGUGAAUCUUUGUUUCACCAUCUGCAAUGCCAUUCAUCAUUUUGGAUCUGAAAUCAUCAUGAGUUGAUACUGUAUACUGGUCAAGUAAUUUUAACUGCCGUUUAAUUUUCGCCAUUUUUGCCCUUGGUAGUGAAGGCGAAUUUAUCAUGACAGCGAAUAAUUGUUAACAAAAUAAUAAUCGUAGUAAUUAAAUGUUAAGGGGGAUUUUCAUAUUGGGGUGAAAGUGGAUUUUACUGUUGAAGGGUGACCAAUUUUUACUUGACGAAUAUUUCCCGGUAUAAUUAUUGAUGUUUUUAAAAUGUAUGCGAGUGAGCAGUACCUUUUAAUUGAAGUGUGUGCUCUUCCAGAGGAACUCUAGAGUACACUUGAAUUUAAGAUAAAUGGCUUUAUACAGUGUAAUGCAUAAGGGAAAAAAUAAGUCACCCGUUCGAGUACUGUAACAUUACUCAUUUGAAAUAUUUGAUGCAAGACCUUCUGCACAUUUCUUCAUAAAUGUUGGAUCCUGUGUGUUCAUGUUGCCCAUUGCUCUGUGAACUUAUCAAGGCAAGAAAACAAAGUUUGAUAUCUAUAGAAAAUUCAGAGCUAUCAGAUGAUAGCUUUGGAUUGAUAUUAUUUGACUGUUUGUGUUGUCCAGUACGAUACCUCUUGCUACUUUUAUCGGGAACAUCUUGCCCAUUCUUACUCUGUGUGGUUCUGAGUGUUGUUCUUACUUGUACUGUGUUAAUAGGUAGUAAUAUACCGUAUUUGUCCGGCAAUAAGCCCACGCCCGGUAAUAAGCCCACCCAUAUAUAUUACAGUUCAGUAUAAAUGUCAACAAAUGCUGUUUCUUUGUCCUGUAAUAAACCCAGCCCCCUAUUUUGAGUCUGAGAUUAUGUGUUGGGGCCCCCUGGGCUUAUUGCAGGAUAAAUAUGGUACUGUCACUUUAUGUACUCUAUAUAAAAGUAACUUGUUAAAGAUGCUGUGUCCUAGCUAUUCCCCUGAAUUGGCUGUCCAGGGUGUUGUUAGUCCUCUAUCAGCUGUGUGUUAGUCCGAAAAACUAAAACACCCUGUAGACUAAAUCCCUUGGCAAUUUCUGUAACUUUCCUAUGAAAAUAACCAAGCUAAUCAGGUGUGGUGGACAGAACUAGUAUUCAAUCUUGACCACUCAGUUUGUUAAUCAGAUGAUAGUGAAAAUAAAAGAGAAGAUAGGGCUUUCUCAAUAUCUUUGGAAUUUAAAUUUCAAGUUUUGCAUUUUAAAAAUGUCUGUCUGGUCCAUAUCUGUGUAGUAAACAGUUGACGACAAGGAUAUAAUGAAAUGGCGACUUACU